AUCGUUCUGCUUGAUGCCCCAGGCCACCGGGAUUUCGUGCCGCAGGUGAUUGGCGGGGCGGCGCAGGCCGACGUCGCCCUGCUCGUCGUGAACGCCACCUCGGGCGAAUUCGAGACGGGCAUGCUGCUGGCCGGCGGACAGACGCAGGAGCACGCCCGCCUUGUCCGCCUCCUCGGUGUCUCGCGUCUCAUUGUGGCCGUGAAUAAGAUGGACACGGUGGGCUGGUCCGAGGCGCGCUUCGAGGAGAUCCGCGCUGCCCUGCUGGCGAUGCUCAAGACCAUCAAUCAGGCCGACGUGGUCUUCUGUCCGGUGUCUGGUCUCCUGGGUGUGAAUCUGCUCCACUCCACUGACUGCCCACCCGAGGCGGAUAUUGAGAAACUCGCUCCUUGGUACAAUGGGCCUUGUCUGCUUGACAUUAUCGACAAUCUGGAUAAAAUUGAGCGUCCAGUGGCGGGACCUUUUCGUUUUGUCGUGAGUGACAUUUUCAAACCCAUCGGCUCCUCGGUGCCGAUAGUAGCAGGUCGCGUUGUCUCCGGCGCGGUGUCUGCAGGCGUCAACCUCCCAACUAGUCGUGUAAUCUGCCUUCCCUCUGGUCAAACGGGGUCUGUUCGCUCCAUUCGGUCCCUAGCCGGCACGUCUAGUGAUGGUGGAAUGGGCCUACUGGAUCACACCCUCCAGUAUGCCUUCGCGGGAGAUCAGGUGGGUCUCAUGCUGUCCGGCAUUGCUGCGGGUCUCUCGCUGUCCCCCGGUGACGUCAUCUGUGACCCCGACCCUCCCCUUGUCCCUGUGACCUCCCUCCUGCGGGCGAAGGUCCUCGUUUUUGCGAUUAGCCAGCCAAUCACUCGAGGGUACCCUGUGAUCUUCUAUUACCACUGCUCCUCUGUACCAGCAACCGUCUCCAAACUCAUCUCCGCUACGGUGAAAGGCAAAGGACACACUAAGAAAGAGGUUUCCAAACCGAGAUGCCUGUUGGGGAAUUGUACAGCCGAGAUCGAACUCACCCUGGAGCAGCCCGUGUGUCUGGAGAUCUACGAGGUCUGCAAGCCGCUCGGUCGAUUUGUUCUUCGGGUGGGUGGGGAGUCCAUCGCCGGCGGCACCGUAACCGCGGUGAGUUGUCACGCCUUGCUGCGUCUGGUCACUGUGUCAACUCGUACGACAAAAGUCUGGACCGCCGCCGCCUCAGCCGCCUCUUGA